AUGCUAAACACUCUAAUAAACCACCUAAUUAAUCCCCUAGCCUAUAUUGUGCCCGUCCUACUAGCAGUAGCCUUCCUAACUCUAAUCGAACGUAAGGUAUUAGGAUACAUGCAACUACGAAAAGGGCCAAAUGUAGUCGGACCAUAUGGACUUCUACAGCCCAUCGCCGAUGGAGUCAAACUAUUUACCAAAGAACCAGUCCGCCCCUCUACAUCCUCUCCAUUUCUAUUCCUAGCCACCCCCAUUCUUGCAUUAACCCUAGCCAUAACACUAUGAGCACCCAUGCCCAUGCCCUACCCAGUAAUUGACCUCAACCUGGGAGUCCUAUUUAUCCUGGCCUUAUCAAGCCUCGCAGUAUACUCCAUUCUAGGAUCAGGGUGAGCAUCAAAUUCAAAAUACGCAUUAAUCGGAGCCCUACGGGCCGUGGCCCAAACAAUUUCCUAUGAAGUGAGCCUAGGACUAAUUCUUCUAUCAGUCAUUAUCUUCUCAGGGGGCUAUACCCUGCAAACAUUUAGCACAGCCCAAGAAAGCAUCUGAUUACUAGCCCCUGCCUGACCACUAGCCGCAAUAUGAUAUAUCUCAACCUUAGCAGAAACAAAUCGAGCACCAUUCGACCUAACAGAAGGAGAAUCAGAAUUAGUCUCAGGCUUUAACGUAGAAUAUGCAGGAGGGCCCUUCGCCCUCUUCUUCCUAGCCGAAUAUGCAAAUAUCCUAUUAAUAAACACCUUAUCAGCCGUACUAUUCCUAGGAACAUCACACAUUCACCACAUCCCAGAGUUAACAACAAUUAGCCUUAUGACUAAAGCCGCACUACUAUCUAUCGUAUUCCUAUGAGUACGAGCCUCAUACCCACGAUUCCGAUAUGAUCAACUAAUACAUCUUGUAUGAAAAAACUUCCUCCCCCUAACACUGGCCCUAGUAUUAUGACACAUCGCCCUGCCAAUCGCACUAGCGGGCCUUCCCCCACAACUAUAA